AUGUCCCUCGACUCCUCGCUCCGCGGCAAAGUGGCCAUCAUCAGCGCCUCGGACUCAGGAAUCGGCGCCCAAAUAGCGCGCGAGCUCUCCACCCUCGGCGCCUCCAUCGUAAUCAACUACCCCUUCCCCUCGACCGCCUCACGGGCCCAAGCCGUGGUCUCCUCCCUCUCAACCCCCUCCAUCGCCGUCGAAGCCGACCUGUCCACGACCACGGGCCCGCAGGCACUGAUCGCCGCCGCCGUCGCCCGGUUCGGGACGAUCGACAUCCUGGUGAACAACGCGGGGAUCGCGGUCAACCUGCCCUUCGAGGAGCAGACGCUGGAGCACUGGGACGCGCUGCUGAACCUGAACUGCAGGGCCACUUUCCUGCUGACACAGGGUGUGCUCCCGCACUUGGCGGCGAGCGAGAGCAGGAUCAUCAAUAUCUGCUCCAUCAGUGCCCGGGCGGCGCCGCCGAUGCAGACGAUCUAUGCCGGCACGAAGGGGAUGGUGGAUUCGAUGACGCGGGUCUGGGCCAAGGAGCUGCCGCCGAAGUAUGGGUGUACGGUGAACAGCGUGUCUCCUGGCCCGACGAACACGGAGGGCUUCAAGGCCGCCGGGGACGAGAUGAUGAAGUUGUUGCAGCCUGUUAUUGACACGACGCCGUGCGGAGCGAGGUUUGGCGAGACUGAGGAGGUGGCCUAUGCGGUUGUUAUGUUGGCCUUGCCGAGGGCGAGCUGGAUUAAUGGGGUGAAUGUUGUGGCUAGUGGGGGGCAUUUCAUAAUGUGA